CCAAAAUGGUUUCAUGUGCAUGAUGUUCUACAAGAGGGACAGCCAUGUCAUCGAACUACAAACUGGUACACCAACUAGAAGACUAGAAGAAGCAUGUACUGGUCUUUACUUUGAUAGGACCACAGCCUCCUACAUCACGUUAGUCACGUCAAAUCCGGAACAACGCAAGUGUCCUCAUUUCGGGAGAUACUCAGUGAGUGGAGUGACAAAGAGAGACCAGCGUCGCGCUCGCUCCCACGAGAUACAAUCGCAUCCAAUCGAUAUGAUUGGCACGCUCUCUCACUCCUACGCCAAUCAGAAUUAUAGGCGUUCAGCAGGCAGCAGAAAGUUGCAGAGUUUUGGGGAUGAUGAAGACGGUUGUUCACUAGAUCUGAAGACCUUGGUAGUUGGUUGCAGUGCUUCUGAUACCAUGGAAUUCCGUUCAGACUGUGAUAACAGUCCUGAGAAACCUCGUGUCACAUCUGUCUACCAAUGCCACGGAGGGUGGGUAGAGAACGGUACCCACUUCCUGAUCACCACCCCGCUGAGCCGUAGCUCCAGGGGGGCACGCCGCUACUGUUUCGCCUACGAGGCUGCCAGUGGAGGGUCCACAGGGGGAGCCCAGGGGGGCCCAGGAGGUGCCCCAGGGGGGUCGGGGGGUAUCACAGGGGGCUCUGUCAUACGAUUCUCAACCAGCUCCAACACGUGUACACGGGAUAGCAGUGCUGCAACUGAUAGUAAUGUGCUCGCUUUCAACAUUACUAAUCAAGGACAAUGCACCGAGACAAGCAGCUCCACCCGACUGCAUACAACUGCAUGGCUGCACCUAAUUGCAUUGCUGCAACUCAUCACCCACUUCGCUAACAAUUUGAGACUGCAUCAUCAACUCCCACCCUUAAUCCCCCCCACCCUAAUCCCUGUCAGGUGAUUUUAAUUCUAAUCUAAUCUAGGAGAUUCAAAUAUUACAUAUUACUAUUUUAAAUUGUAGCCGAAUUCUAACUGAAUUCGUUUAUAGCCGAAUCCUUACUGGAUUUGUGAGAUUAUAGCUGAACAACUUUACACUUAAGUGAUUAUACAAAGUAAGACUUACCUCUUGUACAGAAAUAACUCUACGAUUUCUUGGACAGAAUCUCUUCUAGACAAUUUGAAACCUAAAAUAUAUGAUAUAUUAUAAACAUAAAUAAAUCCAACAACGAACUGAGAUGAGAUAUAUAGUUGAAUUUGUAUAAUAUUUAAAUAAGUAAUAUCAAUCACAAUAUAUUAUUAUUAAGUACCGAUAGGUGAUAAGUUACAAAAAUUAUAUAAUAUAGGUAACAAGGCAAUGUUAUGGAGAAAAGAUAGAGCAAGAAGAUACAUACCCCAUGUUUUAAAGAAUUCAUUGGAAGUUUGGAAUUUUUGUAUCAAAUUAUGAUGUUGUGUAUCAAGUUAAGAUGAUACUGUAUCUUACUGAUACAUUAGAUUGGAUUAGAAUGGUAAAGCUGCGUUUACACCAAAGUUAUUAACAAACUGUUUAUUUUUCCGUCCUUAUAGAUUCUAUUAGAUUGAACGGAGCUUGACAAACACAUAUGUUCAUCAUGUGUAUGAUAAGUUAUGUUCAAUCUAAUAGAAUCUAUAAGGACGGAGAGAUAAACAUUUUGUUAAUAACUUUGGUGUAAACGCAGCUAACUGCUACAGUAGGUACUCUAAUAUGACAGUUCCAAAUAAUUUUGGUUCAAACUAAAUUUUUAGAUGAACGUAUAACCACUAGAGAAAAUAUAGCAACUUAUCAUGUUGAUUCUUUUCCAAUCAUUAAUUCAAUAUUGUAAUUGUGAAAUGAAAGGAAUAAAUACAUAAAUGUCACUCAAAAUGUAUAA